AUGUGUGUUUUUUCCAUGCGUCAUGAUGCUUUAGGAGUCGGGUGGAUGAUUUCCUGCGCAGCCAUUCAAAAAUUGGAGCGUUACGGCCAACUUGGCCAGAAGCGCCGAAGCGUCGACGACUUUGUGCAGUCAUCGCUCAAGGAUCCCAAGCGUGGCAAUGUGUACGCCCUGACGCACAUGCCGACGUGGAGAAACUGCUUGGCAGCCCUGACACCGGACGACAUGCUGAAGAUGCAGCCUGCUGUUGUCGAUAACAACGAUGAUGAUGAUGAUGAUGAUGAUGAUGAAAAGCAAUUGCAUAACGUGGGCGGUGGUAAAGAGGCGACAGUGGCAGCACCGGCCCCUGUGAUUGUCAUCAGUGACUCCCUGUUGUACGCCAUAAGUUUUGCCACGGCGCUUGUGGCACAUCACUUGGACGAGCAGCGAUACGUGGAAGGAAAGGAGAAGGAGGAAGAAAAAAGGGCACAGAAGAAUAAAAUUAGGAGGGGAGACGAUCCUGCGGCGUUGGUUGGAAAAGUCUUUCUCUCUCGGCUGGAAGAAGCGGAGGAGCUGCUUGCGGUGCUUCAGGCUGUCGCUGAGGCGUGUGGCCGUCACGCCCAUCAUCGCAACGAGGGCUCGCCAGUUGUCACGCAGGCGUUGGCGCAUCUUCUUUCGACAGCCGCUGACACCGUCUUGAUCGCCACCAUCCUGCGGCAGACGGACAUAAAUAACGAAGAGGCUGAAGAGAGACGAAGGAUUGGACUCUGUCGCCAUGCCACCGCAUUGGUGACGGCAGCUGCGACGCAACUUCGCACGGCUCGUGCGCGAAAUCCCUUAAAUACGCUUCAUGACGUCCGCCCAUGUCCAACACUUCUUCAGCAAUUUCUCACAAAGUCAAAAGGCAUUUCCUCAACGGCGACGAGGACGAUGAAAAGCAAAGACACCGGUAUUGUCGGUACGCAAAGAGAAAUAGAAAAAGAAAACAUGGACGCCAUUGUUAUUUUAACUUUGGUUGCGUGGGCCGCCGUAGCGCCGCAUGGGGGUUUAAUUGCCCGGCUUGCGCCCUUUACGCUCUUUCAGAAACUUAGUCUGGUGGAUGCCAUAGUAGCGGAAUCACCGGCGUCGUGCUGUUGCGUCGAGGUGUCACGUUACCGACGCACGUUGGCCUCUUUGGUUUCCAGCACGGCGUGUAAUCGAGCAACACGUUUGGUCGUGUAUUUUCGCGGGGACGAUAUAAAACUUAUGCAAAACAACGUACGCGACAAUGCGGAGUAUGCACUUCACACGCAUGUGACGACACCACCCGCAGAAGAGGCUACACUUCGCUCUGUGGCGCAACUGCCGGAAGGACAACAGCAACACGCGGCUUUUCUUCUUGUCCAGUGGAUGGCGAGCAUUCCUUUCUUUUACCACAGCUUCUGCGCGGAACAAAGCUGGACCGCCUUUGCCCAAGAGCAGCGGCGCAUGGUGUUAUUGAAGGAAAGUCAGGCACGACGAGAACGAAGGAACCAACGGCGUCAUAACAAAAACUUUGGUAAUAACCCUUCUUCUUCCCCCGGGUCUGCCUCCAGCCGCGGUAGCAGCAUCACGACCAAUGAUGAUAAUACGUCUAAUAAUAAUAAUAAUAAUAAUAAUAAUGGUAUCGUUCAAAAGAACAUUAGCCGUGGUGAUGGGAACGAGGGUACUGUUGAAGAAGAAUAUGAUGUUGAUGAUGAGGACGAACGAAAGUCUCUAAUCUCGAAUCAAAGUGCACUUUCGCUGGCGAGCCGGGCAAGUAUGAUUUCAACCAUGUCCAGAUCAUCCAUGACGUCAUACCGUGCGUUUCUUUCCGUCAUUGAAGCAGCCCGCAGCGAUGGCAAUCACAUGGAGAACGCAUUGCAUGUUCACCAGUCCGAGGACGGUAACACGAACCUGCCACUUAUCCUACUGGAGGAAGUCACACUUGCGCUACAAAGAUUUAUGGGUACUGCCAGUGAUUCUAACGUUGCCGCCAUGUUUGAUCGCUUUUCUCUUCAGACAUUGGCGUGGCGCACGAUUGGCGAGUUGUACACGUUCAUUCAGAGCACCAUAACUACUGCGGCGCCUUCAUCAUCCUUAGCAUUUUCUAAUAACAUGACGGCUAGUAUCCGUCCUAUGACGGUUGCAAUGGAUGAGAUACCUGCUGUGUUUCACUUUGGUCAAGACAUUCGCUACAACAGAGGCCUUGGCUACGAAGUACUUGGGCUACUUUUUGCCAAGGUUGUAUUGCCACAACUGCUCACCACAUGCGGUGGGCCUCCAGUAGCACAACGACGCAUGGAGCCGGCCAUUACGUGUUGUCUCUCCGCUUACGAGAUUAUUGCACCGCAAGUUAUUGAUCAGAAUGUAUCAGCGAUCCUGCGCAUUGCGGCUCGUGUGGCGAUGGAUGUGUCAUCACAGGAGAAUAAAAAUGAAAUUCGCACUUCUUCCACUACUCUUGCCCCAAUGAGCACAACAAAUACGACCACCAUGCUCCAUGAAUUCCUCAUCAGUCUUGUGACUCGGCUGGGGAAGAGCAACCAGAUUCCAAUGCUGUUGGAUGCCAUUGUUUCUCAUGUUAAAAAGGAGGGAAACACGAUUCAAUCUGCGGACAUGCACGGAGAUGAUGUCAUGGUGGCAGGGUUGCAUGAAAUAUUUUCCCACCCACGUGUGAGGGCAGCUCUUGUACAGGCGUGUGGCAUUUCACUUGAUCCAGAGGAGUUGCUCAUACAUCUUCUACAAUACGUCUCGCGCUGGGCUUCGGAGGAGAAUGAGGAUGAAGAGGCUGCCGAUGCGGAAGCGAACUUGGGAAACGAGCCAUCAAAGGUCAAUACAAACUCAACCACAUUGUCACACUUGUUACCGCAGGAAGUUCUCUUCAUUCUGGAUAUUGUGGCAACUGUGGUGGAGGGUAUUAUUGCCACCUCUGUCACCGCUGUUACCCUUUUGGAGCGCGCCGCGGAAUUGGAACUUACCCUCUCCACGUUUCUGGUAAACCGCCUCCACAGGACAUUUUUUUCUGAUAAAAUAGAAGAGGAAAAAGAGUAUGGUAAGUCGCGGAAUGAAAACAAGGGAAAUGCAGUAUUGAAAGUCUCAUCAUCUCCUUUUGCAGGUGGGGAGGAGAUUGUGCGUCCCAAGAUGCAGCGCCGUCUUGUGUUGUACACACUUCAUGCCAUUUAUCAAGCGCGUGAAUUAAUUUUUGGUUGUCUUCAGGACCUUGGCAUUCAGAACGUGGAGGCCUAUCUACAGAUGAUGGAAGAGACCAUGUGGCAAGUACAAACAAAUAUCGGGGCCCUUGUUGGACCCCUCUCUAUUGACGAUCUCGAUGCGGCAAUGAGUCUCUCCACACAGAUGCGUCAUGCGCCGUAUGUACAUCGCGCCACUUUAUUGCCGCAGUUUGUACUGCAGCGCCUCACUCUUGCGCGGUCUGUUUCAGUGGCUUUAAACGUUGCAGUGGAGCCCUUAAAAGAGGCCAGACGACUAACGACAUUUGUGUUGUGUCACAUGCGCCUUGCCAGCGAGGGUGGCUACUUGCCUGAGGGAGAAACGACGCGCGCCUUGGAACUUGCUGAUCGAAUUACGGAAGAAGAAUGGAAAUGUAUUGUGGAGUUUGGUCGCCCCAAACGCGUUUGUCACGCGCUUGUAUGGCUUUUGCGGACCACGUUUGCUGUUUCCCCCACCGCAUGGCGUUCUGUCUCUUGGCUUACACGUUGUCUCAACACUUGUGCCGGAUUUCUCCUGGAAGCACUGUGUGAGGUCAUCAUGGGUGUGAAUGACGACGAGGUUCGUGCCUGUUUCUAUCGACAUGUCAAGAGGGACAGCAACGUAGAGGAUGAUGAUGGAAAGGGAGAAGAAAUGUUGUUGCAGCUCUGUGUCGCCUUGGAAGAUGUCUUGCGCCGCCUCGGUCAUAUUCCCCAAUGGCCUUCACUUCUGCAACGCGCCGUCCAUUGGUUGCUGCUUAUUCAAAGGGAAAGAGAGGUGCUUCAGGAUGCUAAAGAAGAAGGGGAAAAAAUGAAUAAAAAGAAAAAGAAACGAAUGAGAACAUUUCUACUGGAGAGUCGAGUCCUACAGUUGGUUGCGGAUUUUCUGUUGUGUGAGGAAGGUGUUCCGUCGCUUUUUCGUCGUAUCCUCUUGCGACCGGAAGAAUCCCAUUCAUUGCAGCGUGCUAGGCGUAAGAAUGGCAGAGAGAAGUACACCGUAAUAAAUGAGGCCUUUUUGCGGGCAAUUAGGGUGCCAUUUGUCCCAUCCGCCGCCAUCCUACAUACGGAUGUUGGCGCCCCGGAAAACAGGAACAUCCGGGUGGAUAAUGAUAGUGACAUUGAGGAUGAAGAAACUGAAGGUGAAACGAUGGCGAAGCGAACCGCUUCUGUGUGCAACAUACUUGUUCGUCAAAUAUUUUCCAGAGAGCUUGCCAUCUUGCUGGUCCAUUACAGCGAAGGAGGAGAGAUGGCGCACUGUGGAGCGACGAUCUUGCGACAAGUUUACACAAUAGCGCUGAGUGCGUGCUGCGGGGAAAAGGCCGCAACGGACUCCCCGUCGCAAGCACACAACUUUCUAUUGGCUGUCGUGGACGAGAUGUACCGUCGCUGCUGUGAGGAAGACAACUUUUCUGCGUUGUCGUUGUUUUUGAAAACCAUGAAUAAUAACCCGGUUGCAUUUGCCAGCGCAAUCCCAAAGGGGACGCCAGCGGAAGUAUACAGGCGGAAGCGUCAACGUCAUGAAACAAGGGCAGAAGCCUCUUUGGAGGCAACAAACGACUUAGCGACGCUGGCCUCAGACAAUAAUGAGGAUCACGAGGAAGAGGAGCAUGAGGGAGAAGUAACGAACAAGAAGAAGAAUCAUAAUGACCAUCAUGACUGUGGAGAAACGAGGCCUCUUCACGAGAUCGCGGUGCGGUGGAUGGAUCUCCUUGGUGAACUAUUUUUGCGGGUAUUAAAGAGCAUCAAGAUAGAGACGAAGGAACAUCUAUUGCAUUGCUUCACGGCUCUUUGCAUCUCUCUCAAGCGUGUUCGUGGCUAUGCAGUGAUGCCUCAGGGUUCUGGGAGGCGGCCGCAUCAGCGCCAAGAAAAAGAGGGGCAUUUUGAUCGGUGUCUUGGCACCAGUCUCGCGUUUGCAGCAAUGGCAUCCCCCCGUGCUUCAGGUGUUAUCGAGGAGUUACGUCAACUCUUUGCCCCAAAUGAUGAGAAAAUGCGUCGGAACAGCCUUGUCACACUUGUGCGGCUGCUAAGUUCAGGGAAGGAGUCCGCACUGCAAGCCUUGUGGGUUUUGUUUUUGAUACACGAUGGACGACAGCGCCGCGUAGCCGUGGGGGAAGAAAAUGGUAUCACGAAGGACUGUGGUUGUUGGCUUGCUGCAGUGAUCAGCAACUUUGACCCACGGCAAGAUUACAGUACCAGUGAGACGGCCAUGAGUGAGUUACUUGCGGCAACGGAGUCCUGGGCGACGGGAGCGCGGCGGGGAAAUCACAGUUUCUCAUUUGUUGCAAUGCAGCGUGACGCGGUGUAUCGCACCGACGCAGCGACACGAUGGCUGUUGGAUCAACUGCGUGUGGUGCCCGCUAUUCUUCAUGCCUUCCCCACUGACAGCGCCCCUGUGCUGCUGCAGGAGUACAUGCACACCCUCUUACAUGAGGCGAUAUCGACUUCUUCUUGUUCCUUCUUCUACUCCGCAGCCUGUCCGUCCUCGUCAACACCCACCGCCUUCAUCUCUCAGUGCUUGAGCCGACAUGAGAAAUUGCUUCGGGCUGCCUGCAAGGCGUUGCAUCAAUUAAGCGCCGUCCCACACAUGCGGUUUAGCGCGUGGCGCGGGGAUGUGAAGCGGCUGCUUGUGGUGAGCGGCUCACGUGCUUUACUUAACAGCGCUGCAAAGGCAUUGUGGUGUCAGCUGUUAGAACUCUGUGCCCUGCCGCUACCGGCGCUUCAUGACGACGAUAUGUUCAUUGAUCAUGAGCUGAACUUUAUUCAUGCUCUCUUAGCCAAGUCGAGUGGUACGCGUUAUUUGGAGGAGGAGAUGCUUCUUCGAGUACUACGCCUCCUUACACGAACACUUCUUCCUCUCGGUGUUUUGUGGCGACGGCCCCAUCUGCUACCGGCGUUGAUGUCUGCGCUUCUCACGCGAUUUCUUGAAAGUGUCUCACGUGGACACUCCGGCCAAAUUUUGUUUAAUCAACUGUCAUCCUUCUUCUUUCAGCUUGUGAGGGACGCAAACCACGGCAGCAAAGACAGUAGCCCAAGCGGCGGCCACGUAUCACCGUCUGUGAAGAUGCUUUGCCUCGCCUCGAUCACAUCAUGUCUCUUCCGUCAGUCUGUGGCGUACAUUGACGUUUUCACGACCCACAGCAGUGAUCUUGACUUUCUUGCCGUGGACUUUUUGAAGGCAUUGCAGCGUAUUCACCUACCGCCUCGUCACACCCCGUCUGUUCCGCAGCAACAAUGCCCUGUGUGGUCCGACGCGACACUGUGCGAUCUCAGCUACGCUUGCGUUGGCCACGAUGACGCUCAAAGUCUCCUGCGGCAAGCAGCUGAACGUGUGGAAGAGGAGGAGGGCAACGGAGAUCGCCAGAUCUUUAUGAUGCCAAACUGA